CAUGUUGAAGAUUCAGAAAUAACUUAUAAUAAACAGUAUAAUCUUUUUUGUACGAUUGAAAAAAAAGGGAGCUAAUCACAACGAUAAAUGCUCCUUUUCCGGUACAUAUUUAUAAAACAGGACCUAAUGCUCAUAUCAAAGCAGAUUAGAACCGAUAAUUUAUAUUAAUGGAGGUACGUACUCGACUCAUAAUCAGGGGUCUUUGGUUUGAUUCAAGUUACCAGCGCUGCCUCAAACUUCAGACAUAUAACUGUAUAACGAAGGAAGUAUUUGGUUUCAGCAACAGUUUUCAUUUUUUUUCAGUUAUUCCUUUAACUGCCUUUUUGGCUUAUUUUAAACAGACAAAUUAAAACAUGAGAGGUUGGAUCCGGUGCCAUGGUGGAGUGACCAUCCCCUGCAGACCGAACAUACCCGCCGUGUGCUCCUUGUCAUAAUCAGAAAAUAACGGAAAAAUCCGUUGUCAAUUCAGUGUAUACAUAAUGGACUCUAACAAUUGACUUUUGUGUCAUCAGAGAAUAACACGAAAGAGAGUUGAUUAUGUUUUGGCCUACAAUACCAGUAAUACUGGUUCUUUAUUUUGCCUAUCUGCCUUUGAUACGAACAUCGGAUCCAAAAUUGUGCAAAGAAGGAUACUUUGGUCAAAAUUGUUCGUUACCCUGUCGGUAUCCAAAUUAUGGAGCAGAUUGUCAAGAAGGAUGUGUUUGCAAUAGAACAUUGUGCCAUCACGUGUCCGGAUGCCCGGCUACACAUGAACCUGAGGAAACAACAACAUUGUUGGUGAACGAUUCGAUAUUUCUGCAGAACGUAACCAAAAUGAAAAUUCUCUAUAUGUCAUUAGAUAUCAGAGGAAAAGAAAACAAUACGCCGAACAAACCCAUGUGGACUGAUAUGGAUAUGAAAUACAAGGCCAUGCUCGUUUGUACAGUCUUGUUUGGAAUUCUUUUCAUUAUCAUCAUAAUUGUUUACGUAAAGAUAACUGUUAGUAACCGUGCACGCGUUCAGUACUUUAAAUGGACAAGAAAACAUGAAAAGGAAACUCGCUAUUUAAAUGAAACUUUCAGUUGUUCUGAUGGCUUUAUUGGUAAAAAUUGUGAGAUAAAAUGUCGAUAUCCAAGUUUUGGAGCAGAUUGUCAGAAACGAUGUAUGUGUGGUGAGGCAGAAUGUAGCCAUGUGUCAGGAUGCAAAGAAACGCUGGAAACGACUGUGGAAUUGACUAUCUUGCAGAGCACUCUGCCUAUGUCAAACGACACAGAUAUGCCACAAAAUAAAAGUAAAAUAGCUUAUAUUUUUUCUGACUCAGUGGAUAGUUUUCAAAAAGACUCCAAAAGAAACCCUUCCGUAUGGACAUUAUUAGAUACAAAACACAAGACCUUGCUCAUUGGAAUAAUCAUCUGUUUAUCUAUAUUCUUCAUUAUCAUGACGCUGAUAGCGAGGAAGAAGAUACCUAAAUAUGUGCAUAUGUACCGGGUUAAACCUGUCGGAUUCCAAAGAGAAGCCAGGAUUGAUUCAAUGGACAUUGCCUCUUUGUAA